GUUUUAUUUUUCUAGAACGUUCUAUAGCUUAUCAUCUAUCCAAUCCGCAGAAUCAUGCAGCAGGGCUAUUUCGCCGCACAGCAGCCAAUGCUUCCGCCUGGGUGGCAGCUCGCCUACACCCCAGACGGAAAGCCUUAUUACAUCGACCACAAUACCAAGACCACCCACUGGACGAUGCCUUCUACUGCUUUUGAGUCCUACUACAGCGGGCGCUCCGCCCGUGGAGGCUACCGUGGCGGAAGAGCGGGAAUCGACAAGACGAAAAUGAAGACUAAAAUGUGUAUAUAUUGGGAGAAAAACGGAACGUGUGCCUGGGGAGACCGUUGUGCCUUUGCCCAUGGGGCGAGAGAUCUUAAUAAUUCGUCGAAUCAACCCACACCUGGUACGUACUGAGUAGGAGCUCUUUUUUUUUAAUCUAUUAUCAAUUGUAGCUCUUGCGGUUUCUUGGAAUAGAUUAGUUAAAAAAUCUAUUUAGGUGUGUUUCGUAUGAUUCCUUUUUUUUCGAGAGGAAAUGAAUUUGUUAAUGUUUUACCUUGAAUAAAUAAGUGAUAAAUAUUUCAUGUGAUUAAGGGCUUCAUUUUGUGAGAGGGCUCAUCGAACUGAAUAAAUGACUAGGAAUGAUAAACGGCUCUUCAAAAAAUAAAACCGUAAUGAGAUAAGGUUUGCACGCUUGGUUUCUUUAUCCAAGUAUUACUUUUUGUUUUGUUCAUUUAGCAAUGCUUAGUAAAAGACCUUUACAAAAAUAGAGAGGGACGCCCAUGACUUAUGCCUCGUUACCUGUCGGAUUUGUUUGUUAAUAUUGACUCUCUUUUAUUAAAGAAAACUGGAAUGCCUUUCAUAUCUUUUCAGCUUAUUCUGCAUCUGCUUUUAAAUCGCAUAACCUUAUCCUCUGCUUCCUCUCGAAAUCUCAUUUAUCUAUUUUUCUCUGUGUGGUAUAUCGCAUGACCUAUAUUGAUAUUUUUUAUUGUCAGAAUGUCAAUCUUCCACAAUAUUCAUUGCUGAUGUACUCAUAGUCAGCAUUUGUUCCGCUACCUUUCAUUCGAGGGGAUAUAUACCAAUAAGGUUGAAUUACUGCUCUAGUUAAUUUAUUCUUUACAAUGCGAAGCGAUUCAUUCCUUUAAUCACAGAAAGAUCUCAGAUUUUUUUGAGCUUUGGAAGCUCUGAUUUCAGUAAAGGCAUCUUUAAUCCUUUGGCGAAGCUAGGCUUUUUUAAUGAACAUCUCUACUGUUUUGGUUGAUCUGCAUUAGUUGAUUUUAGUUUUGCAGUUGAUGUAAUUUUAGUCACCGCAAAUCCAAGGCAAUGAUAUACCAAGGACCUUACUUCGUCUGAUUCAUUAUCCAAAUUGUUAUUUAAUUCAUUGGGGGGAAAUUAAAACGCAAUCAUGGCUUUCAAUUUGAUCUAUGAUCUAUCGUUGAUUCACUUUAAUUUU